AUGUCGAUAGAGAAACUAUCUAGUGACAUUCUACAGGAAAUAUUUAGUCAAUUUGAUAAAGACCCAAGCAAGACUCGUAAACAUGUGGUGAGAGAACGCCGAGAUUUGCACUCGUGUGCGUUGGUAAACCGUCAGUGGUGUGAGGUUGCUAUUCCACUUCUAUGGCGUAGAACUUUUUUUCAACUACGGGAAAGUUAUAGUCCGAUACCACCCAAUCCAAAACUUAUCGAUGCAUAUUUUUAUUUGGAGGAGUGGUGUCUACGUAGAGUUCAACGAAGAUCACGAUACGAAUAUCCGAGUUCAGAAGAUUCAAGCGACGACAAUUUACUUGACUAUGACGAUGACAAUUCAGGAUUCUACAACAAUAAACUUGUAAACGUGCAUAAUGAGCAACAAUUCACCAAACUUUCGUUGAAGAAACGAAUUAAGUUGUUGACUCCGGCAGUGACGCGUAUACUACUACGUAUAUUUAUGCGCAAUUCGACGGUUAUUAAUACUCUGCAUUGUUGUGGGGAACGCGUUGAACACGAUGAAGAUUACUUGAUAAUUGCAGAACCUGAAUUCGCGGAAUUUUUCUCUAGCGUCAGAAAGGAAGACAUAGAUUUUUCCUUUUUCCACCGGAGAGGUCGCAACAAACCAAUAGCCCCAACGAGCUGGUAUCUCUCCAGCUAUGAGGUGAAAAACAUCACCACACUAAUAGAAUCCCAAAAAAACCUUAAAAAUCUAAUAAUUAGAUACUGUGAAAUAACCGAUCUUGUAAACCAUGUAAUGCCCUCGUUCAAAUCUCAAGCAAACACAUUACGUCGACUUAUUCUUCAUAAUGUGCUUGAGCGAUUACAUGUAUUUUAUUAUAGGGAAUUUAUGUUGGCAAAGCAAAAAAUAAUUCAGCCUAUAAAGUUCUGGUAUAAUAAUAGAAAAAUAAUGCCUUGUUCCGAUGUUGUGCCGUGGUUGGAAGUGUCGUUUCCUGAACUGGACCAGUUUCAGUUUAUUCAACAUGCUGAUUUUAGAGAACAGUGGCAUCAAUGGAGUUUUGAGAGUUUGGAGAAGGAUGAACGUGAAGACAGUGAGAGCGAAGAAAGCGAGAGUGAAGAAAGUGAGAGUGAGAGCAAUGAAAACGAGAGUAGUGCGAGUGAAAGUAAUGAAAUGACAACGACACGAACCUCCCGGUAUUAA